UUUUUCUCUUUUUGGACAUUUCUGGGUUGUUUUAAUGUGCUGUGGGAAAACGGACAUCUAGUGGCAGGAUGCUGUUACUACAACGUCAAAAGAAUCAGCAUUCACUACAGGAGGCACAAUUUUAGCCACGUUAUACACUUUAUAAGAGAAUAAAUACCCCUACUUUAUGACAUGAGAUGUCUUUUUUGGCUCUUGAGUGCCAGAUAAAUUGCCUUGAUGGGCCGGAUUCGGUCCGCGGGCCUUGAGCUUGAGACAUGUGCUCUAAGCCCUCUGCCCUGGAUGCCACAGCUGCUUCCCUGCUUCCAGACACUCGAUUCACAAUUCACUGUAGAACCGAUGUCACACUUUGAGAUAAUUAUUUCCUUUGGAUGAGGUUAGUUAGAGCAAAGAAACAACACACUUUGCCUUUAGGGCUAGGGUUUGGACACACUGCUAUAGAGUUGGUUUGAACUGAGCAAAACCUUUAACCCACUCCCAAUUUUAUUUUAUUUCUUCUCGCACCCUUUUAAUAGUUCUCCAGGAUUUCUAUAAAAAGUCCUGUCCUAAAGGCUGCCUUUUCAUUUGAUUGGCCAUUCAACCCCCUUGCACCUGACCAUGACAUGAAAUUGUGCAAUGUAUAACUAGAAAAAUGGGAAAGGUGCAAAAGCGGAGGACAGAAGAAGAAGUGUCAGACCAACAAAUAAAUAAAUAGUGUCCAGCAGAAGAAAAGUGUCCAAAGAUGCUGUCUUUCGGUCAUGCAGGAAAGACUUGAUAGGAUAGGACCCGAGAGAAGCAUCACCCUUCAGUUGAUCCACCACUGCAGCAGUUUUCAGCUUAUAUAUUUAUAAAGAAAUACACUUGUAGCCACCAAUAUACUAUUUAACAUCCGACAAACUGUGCCGCUUUUCAUGGCUAGCAAAAAAUGUAACUGGGUAAUUUCAAAUUACCUAAAGGAUAAUUUAUGAGUCGUUCUGGCACUUAUCCACACAAAACAUGUUACUUACUUGAGUUUAUUCUAAUAAUUAUAAGACUGAAUGAUUCAUAGGUCAGAGUUAUUAAAAAUAUACAGAGGAAAUUCUAAGGAACUGAAACAGGAGGAAGGGAGUCAAAGUUUGAAUAAUAAUCACUAACACCUACUUUGAAAAAAGGGAAAUGAAACAUUAAUCCAGAACUCUUGAAAAGAUUAUGAUCAAAUCUGGCUCCAAGAAGUAAAACGCAAAGCAACAAGGGUUACAUACUGCGUUUUUAAACUGUUUUGUAUAUACUAAUUUGUGGUCAGAGUCAAAACUGACACUAUGGCUAAGGAAACAAACCACAAAAGAGGGUUUUGUCUUCUUUUCUAUUUAUAUUCCAUUUGAAACCAUUGUCAACUUAAUUUAAGUUGAUUUUGGGCAGGUUUAACUUUGAUUAUUCUCUGAACGAAAGACUAGAUUGAUGUCUCAAUAUCUCCACAACCUGAACAAAAAAAAAAAAGACCUGAACAAUAAAAAAAAGAAGUAUUCGCUCCUCCUGAAGUCGCCCGCAUCAUGCACAUGACAUCCUCUUCAGCUCUGCUCCACACAGUCUACGCCACACGUCCAUGAACCCCUUUGAAGUCUUCGUCACAGGAGGCGCUUCUGGUGCCGUAGGCUGAUAUAUGUCGGUGUUUGUGCAAGUUCCUGCCUACAGCUUCCUCCCCGUCAGGGAGCCAACAAAAAACAAAAAAAAACUACUACUUCACAAGAGAGGCUAAGGUUGGAGGACAACAACGGCGCUCUCACUUUAUCGCCAGGAUCAUCAGAAUCGGAAAGGCCAUCACGCCAGGCCUGCAAGAGCAACAUUUUUUUUUUUUUAACCAUGGUUGAAAACAGGUUCACAAAACCUCUUGGUUUAGUUUUAAUCGUCGCAGCUCACAUGGUGUUCUGUGGCCUCAGCCAUGUACGUGUCAUUGGGAUCGUCGACCAAAACAUCUCACUUAACUUCACAUUUAACACUACAAUCCGAAACAACAGUAGCAUCGCUGUCUAUAAAUGUAUAUCUAAGCAACAAAAAAUCUCUGAGUAUCCACAUUGCAAAAGCGAAAUUGAGGUUUACCCUGAAUUUUCUUCCGUAAUUUUUCACCUCACAAAUCUGAGUCUAAACAACACGGAAACCUACUGGGCCACUUUAUUUAGGAAUGGUAAAACUGAAACGAGUAAUAAAGUGGAGCUGAUUGUUCAAGAGGAUAAUCGACGCACCAGUGUUCCCCCAGUGCCGAGCACCUUCACCCAGACAACAACCAGUGGAAGUUCCAGUUUCCUUUCCUCCAAUGUUGUCACAGUUAUUGUGGUUUCUCCAUUCCUUGUGUUAGCUGCAAUACUUCCAUUCUUGGUCAUCUGUCUUGCCAAACCAAAAGGCCCAACACAAGAGGCAUCACAAAGAACCUCAAAUCCCCCAGCACAGGAAACGCUUGAGGUGUCAGUUAACUCGACUGGAUCGUCGCUGGUCUACAGCGUUUUGGACUUCCCAAAGAGACCCCCGUCAACCGUGGAGUUUAGUCCCAACAAUACAGAGUACGCCAGUGUCAGCUACCUCCCAGAGAAGAAGCCAAGGUCCCACACAAACAAAUGAAUGAGUGCAAAUCUGCCCAUCCUCUUCAGUUUCAGUGAAAGACUUUAAUACCCCAGAACCUAAUAAUAUAUAUUUUUUUGUAUGUAUGUUAAAUUUUGCUUUGGGAGCCCUUUCCUGGCUUUAAAUUUUUUGUAAUGUAUAGACAUAGGAAGCAGUUUGUUUAAAAUGUAUAUGAACGUAUAUGUCUGUGUGUGUGGCGAUCAACACAUGUAAAUGGAAGACGUUACUGUGACAAAUCACAAACAUUAACCCCAACCAACCUUUUCCUCUAAAUCAACUUUUUUUGUUUGUUUCUGGGGCAGCUGGCAAGAUUUGAUUUUUGCUUGAUUGUUAUGAGAGAUUAGCUUGACUAAAAAUAUGUUUAAACUCAUAUUAACGCAUCAUUAUGGUGUUCUUUGCAUAUUGUCCCCUUACAUGCAUAAGCAGACAAAUUUGUUGGCAGCCUUUGCAA